AUUGAAAGCUUGUUCAUCCUCCCGCCAACUUCUUUCGAACUGCAUGUCGAGCAGGCGUCUUUGGAGAUUUUACCAUUAGUAUUUUGAUUUUGCGCAUCUUUUCCAUACCAUGUCGGAGGAGGACCAGGUUGAGGAUCUGUGGCUGUUUGGCUAUGGGUGAGUGGUGAUGCUUUUUCCGCGGCGAUGCAGACCAGCCAUAAUGACUGGGAUUUGCACAGGUCGUUGAUAUGGAAGCCUCCGCCGCUCUAUGAUCUACGGGUUCCCGGGUACAUUGAGGGAUACGUCCGGCGCUUCUGGCAGGCUAGCCAGGACCAUCGCGGCACAGUCGAAGCCCCCGGGCGUGUAGCCACUCUCAUCGACCGCAAGCUCUGGGAAACCCUGACCGACCAGCACGCCUCCGCACCGCCACGCGUCUGGGGAGCAGCAUACCGCAUCCCCUCCAAGCACGUCGCAGAAGCCACCGAGCUCCUCAACAUCCGCGAAAUCAACGGGUACAGCAUACACUACACGCCCUUCAAGCAAGACAUGUCAGCGACAUACCAAACGGUUCACGCAGCCGACACGCCCAACGGGGCGCCGCGCCAGAUCCGCUGUCUGGUGUACAUUGGCUUGCCGGACAAUCCGCAGUUCAUGGGCCCGCAGGAGCCGCAGGGGCUGGCGGAGCAUAUUGUGCGCAGCCGCGGGCCGAGCGGGGAGAAUGUCGACUACCUGUACGAACUGGAGACGGCGCUGAAUGCGUUGAGUGCGGAGAGCGGGGACGAGCAUAUUACUGAUUUGGCGCGGCGGUGUCGGGAGAUUCAGGCAAGAGGGAAGUGAGGGCGGCAUGGGUAUGCUGUGUGAGGAUGGUGCGAGGAUGGAUGGAGAAGGAUAGACGGCAUUACAUUGGAUAGAGACGACAUUAGUUAGACUGGCUGCUUGUGGUGCGGUGCCUGGAUACAAUACACAUGCA